AUCUUUCCCAAGCUAUAUAAAAGACCUAUCAACAAUUCUAAAAGCCUGCAUCAAUAGAUUAGCGGACCGCUAGUGCGCCUUAAGAUGUGGGUAAAUGAGACACUCUGCUGCGGCGAUGCGCGUACGCUAUCUUUGCGCACCCUUGACUCCACCAGUACUAAAGCUUCUGUGCUGCAACAGGCUCCGGCCAACCUGAAGGGUGCGCAAGAACUUCGCAGAUUUAGUGAGGAAAGUUGGCUGCCUCCGCAAAGAGCUGAUUUCCCGCAAUCUGGAGCUAUGCUGCGGAGGAGGAAGGCCUGCAGCAGCUUGCCGACAUGGACGGGAACCGUUUCGUCAAGAUCGGCUGUUCCGAUAGGUUGCGGAAUCAAAGAUGGCGGAGAUCUCAAUACGACGGGCUGUACAAACAAGUCUAAUGGCUUUGCUUGCAAGCAAACAAGCAGCAAAGGACAAGAUUUUGAUGUCGUUAUCGACGGCGAUGCGAAGGCCUUCACCGAGCGUAAAUACCCGAAGGGCAUUAUGCAGCUGAAUAUCAUGGACAAGCGCACCGUGCGCAUCACUUUCGACCCUGCAAUCGUUGGGCAAGAGCUGUUGUGGGAAACUUGUUUGGGCUUGAAUUGCAACUCGCUGCUCCCAAGUUCCUUAUCGCGAGCCAAUGUUACAUCGCACCUCGACGGCCUAUAUGGUCUUCAUCAUCGCCUUCGCUUUUCAAGUGAUAAGCCGUCCACUGCCGAUCGGGGAGUUCCUGGAGACCAGCACCUUCCUUGUUACCCUGGUCAUGGUGGGGCGGCUAACGGCAUCAUCGUCACAGGUGCGACGGAAGUCGACAUGUCCAUCUUAACGGGAGAGUCUCUACCCGUGGAAAAGCACCCUGGCUCAGCCGUCAUUGCGGGCUCGAUCAAUGGCUUUGGCGUCACCGUCGUUUGCCUCACAAAUCACCCUGGCCAUAACACAAUUAGCACGGUUGCAGCAAUGACGGGGGCAUGGCAGUCAAUCACUGCAAUCACCUACGGGGUCUCCGUGCUUAUCGUAUCUUGCCCUUGUGCAAUCGGUCUCUACAUUCCUAUGGUGACCGCUGUUGCUGGCGGCGCAGCCACCAACCACGGGGUCAUCUUUAAAUCGGCUUUAGCAUUGGACAGCGCGCCAAGAGUCUCGCACGAGGUCUUCGUUAAAACUGGUACUCUCACUGAAGGUGAACUCAGCGUAAUAGAAGAGGUCAUCUUAGCGGACAAACAACUUGCCAGAUCUGUAACACUUGGGUUAGCAAGGAACAGUAACCACCCGGUUUCGGCGGCAAUCUCGUCAUAUCUGCGGGCGGAGUUUGGUCACGCCGCCGAGAUCAGAGACGUCCGGUCGAUCACUGGUAAGGGCGUUGAGGGCACCUAUGCAGGCGGCCUGACUCGUUGCGGCAACACCCGCUGGCUCUCACUACAUGAAUUGCCGGAGGUUCAAGUCCUGGUCCACAUCGGACUGACUGUCUUCGGCGUCACCAUCAAUGACAAACCGGAAGCCGUCUUUGGACUCUCCGACAGCAUACGCUCCGAAACCAGAUCGGUCCUCGCCGAGCUGAAGAAGCGCAAGAUCGCGGUCUCAAUUGUUAGUGGAGACGACGCAGGCGCCACGGAAACCCUGGCUUCUAAGCUAGAGAUUCCUCCGAGCAAUGUUAGGUAAAAAGGAGUGCCUAAAGAACCUUGAGGCGGAGGAAAAGGGGAGCAUCGUCUUUUGCGGCGACGGCACGAACGACGCAAUCGCACUGGCUCAAGCAGAUAUUGGCGUGCACAUGAGCAGUGGUAGCGAGAUGGCGCAAAAUGCCGCCGACGUCGUUCUCGUACGUCCGUGCCUUAUAGGGUUCCUUGUGCUCUGGACCUUUCGCGGGCGGCGAUGCACCGCAUUUCCCUCAACUCCACCUGGUCGUUUUUGUACAACCUUAUCGCUAUAUUGUUGGCCUCGGGUGCGUUUGUGCAUGCGCGCAUUCCGCCGGAGUAUGCUGGACUUGGCAAGAUUGUUAGUGUAUUGCCGUGAUCUUGAUUGCGCUGCAGCUGA